AAUUAUGUCAUUCAUAUGGAUUAAUUGUAGAUAUUUUUCUGCUACACAAAUAGAAGAUUGAACUGCCUAAACCGGUUUGUGUGGGAUCCAAACACUAGUGAAAUUAUACAUUCAUGCACGAUUUGUAAACAAGAACUAGCUAUAAAAAAAGAGGUAAUCUUGUGCAAAAUGAGAUAAAAAUUUUGAGAGCAGGUUAUGAUAAGUACGACACCUAGCAAAAUCCGCGUAAGAGACACAAUUCAAAAUCUCGCAAGGAAGGGUCACAGGACAGGUAGGCGAGGGAUUAUAAACUUAAAAGGUGACCAUCAUAUCCAGUAUCCCGUACUUAGUAUAUAUGCUAAAAUAUUAUCACAUUCCCAUAGAUACAUUAAUCAAAGUUCAUACACCCGAAAACCGGUUGACGUUCGGAAAAAGAUGCAAAGUUGUGGGAAAAAAGUGAGCCUCAACAAGAUAUUCUCGCAUCUCCCAGAAAAUCUUGUAGCGACCGAUAGUAUUAAAUGAAAUUGAAAUAU